AUGAGUUCCAGAGAAACAAGCUACAUUGCCGUCUACGCUGAUGACUCGACAUUAUUAGCCCUCAACAACACUCCGCCGGGAAACCAGUACACCCCUUCAUUCAUGGUCCCCGGGCCUAAUUUUUUACAAGACAGUUUUGACGAAACCAUCAUCUCCGUUCCCGACACUACGACCGACUAUUCAACAGCGGAUACUGACCGAAGUACAUUUGGAACUCGCUCAGUGACAGAAUCUGAGAACUCACGAGCUGACAGUACACCUUUUCCCGAAGGACCGAACACGACUCCUGUAGAUGUUCCAGAUGUCUCCACGAUUCCACCUCCUUCACUUGUGGACAACGACACUUCACGAAACGAGCACAGUGAUGUCUCUUCUCCAACCGGAUUCACGCUUCCGCCUAUCAAUGAAGAAGAUUCUAUUGAAGAUGCUACCUCCAUUCAUCAUACUAUGUCCGUCAUCCCGCCCAUCUCUGUCAUCCCAUCAGUGCAAAUGAUCUGGGACAAGACCAUGUCCGUGCUACCUGCUCCACAAAAUCAGCGCCGUCCUCGAGUCCCUCGACGCAACAACACCGCAGGAGUCCAACAGCAGUCCAACUCUCGAAGAUUUUACGCAUUUCUUCUUUUCCUGAUCUUCGUUCUUCUCACAAGCGCUUUGGCUUUUCUCAUCAUACGAGUGACCGCCCUUCAGAUGGAAAACGCAUCCUUGGCAAAAUCGCUCAAGUACAAGAAAGAUCGAAAUUCUGAACUCGCUGACGAGCUCCGCGAUCUACGCGACAAACAGCAACAUCACGAAGAAACUUUUCAUUAA